CGGUUGGCCUGGGAGCCGCUUGUCGGGCAAUGCCGUUCGUGCGCUACCGAAAGGUGGUGAUCCUGGGAUACCGCUCGGUCGGUAAGACAUCUCUUGCUCACCAGUUCAUUGAUGGGGAAUUUCUGGAAUGCUAUGACCCCACUGUGGAAAGCACUUACAACAAAAUGUUGAUGGUGGGAAAAGAUGAAUUCCAGUUGCAGCUUGUGGACACUGCGGGACAGGAUGAAUACACUAUCUUGCCUCACUCGUUUAUCAUUGGCAUCCAUGGCUAUGUGCUGGUCUAUUCGGUCACAUCUCUCAGAAGUUUUCAGGUGGUGAAGUCUCUGCACAGCAAGUUACACGAAAGUAGAGGGAAGACAAGGAUGCCUGUAGUGCUUGUUGGCAAUAAAGCUGAUCUGUCAUUAGAAAGUCGUCAGGUAAAGACGGAUGAAGGCCGGAAACUUGCUGAUUCAUGGGGUGCUGUGUUUUUGGAAUCCUCAGCAAAAGAAAACCAGAUGACUCAAGGUAUCUUCACAAAGGUCAUUGAAGAAAUUGAUCGUGUGGACAAUUCCUAUGGCGAACAGCGCAAUUGCACCAUAAUGUGAUGUUGCUUUCCCCCAUCUGAUGCUGCUCGGCCAGUGGGUGGAUGGGGGUAAAGCACAGACCCAGGCCAAAUCAGGGCAGGUGUUGUGGCUACCUAGAAUCCUGAUCAACAGGCCUGAACCAACUUACGGGUAACUCACACAAAGAUACAAUCAUACCUCAUCACUGGUCCUCCAUGGGAGGCAGCCAUGUUUUGCACAUUAGUUUGCUGGAAGCAAUCCAUGUAUGUAUUUCCUGUACAUAUAUGUAUGUAUGUGUAUAUGUGUAACGUAUUGCCAAAUGUUUACAGAAGUGGGAGCCACAAUAGGAUCUAGUUAUGAUUUGUCAUAUAGGGACUUGUCUGUGUAUUUAUAACAAAAAUUACAAUCAGCCUACCCGUUUACAAAAGGAACUGUUCACAACUCAACAUAACAGAGAGGCAGCUGAAUGUAAUGUUUCCUGAGUGGGAUCCGCUAAAGACCAGUACUUUUGUUUUGAUAGUUUUGUUUUGGUGAUAGCUGAGCCUUGGACCCAGAUGCGUAAGUCAGUUUUCAGUUUGUAGCUCUUGCAACACGUGGCCUUAUUUUUUUUAUCAGGGUGAAAUUUCAUGCUGCAGCCUGGAUCCAAAGUCAUUUUUUUCUUUGAUAGAAAUCAAUGUGGUUGAGGUCUUAGCGAUGCUUAGUCAACUUUUCUUUGGUUAUAUGCAAAUAAAUAUAAACUUCUUUUAAGAAUGAUAUUUUUUGUGGAGGAGGAGAGAACCUUUCAUUACGUUUCAGUGCGUUAAACUCUGUCCUAAUUGCAUUGAGCCUCUUUGUAUAGCAGCUAUCUAGCUUGGCUUAAUAGUAUAUUUUAAAAAAAAAGCAAGAUAAAAUGGAUGCACCCAAGCUUAACUAAUGUUUCCAUGUCUUGCCUAUAAUUGUGGCCUCUUUUUGGAGGCUUUUUGAAAUGCUGCAAAGGAGUUUGUAAGGCGGUAGCUGUAAAAGGGAUUGUAAAAGUGGCAGCAGUGUUUCUCAAAACUUGGCAACAUUACGUUGUGUGGAUUCCAACUCCCAGAAUUCCCCAUUGGGUAGUUUUGCAGUUGAAAUCAAACAAAUCUUAAAAUUGGCAUGUUUGAGAAACGCUGGGUGACAGGAUAGAAUUAUAUAUUUCAUUGUUCUUUGAUGGUGGGGAAAACUGGAAAGGGAGGCAGCUUUUGUGAAUAUUUUUCUAUAAAAUCCUGUGAAACGCUGCAUGACCAUGCUAAGGUGCAUAAGCAAAGCUAAGGAGCAAUUUGAGCUGAAACUUACAGCUUUCGACUUCCCUUUUACGAAGCUGCCUUUUGCCUUGAAUUAGGCAUGUUAGCUUAAUAGUGUGACAUACAUACACAGGUGCCUGUGUUUGUGUAGAUAGAUGUAUAUAUAUAAAAAUGAAAAAAUGAAGCUUUUUAAAGUGGUUUCUUGUUGUCUAGGACGUGUCUAGCACAGGGGUCUCCAACCUUGGCGACUUUAAGCCUGGCGGACUUCAACUCUCAGAAUUCCCCAGCCAGCAAAGUUGCCAAGGUUGGAGGCCCCUGGUCUAGGGAAUGGCCAGUCUCUCUGUUGAUCACAUGCUUAGUCUGAGCCUAAACAGCAUCCCUGUGAUUUUCCUUUGGCGUCUUUGGUUGACUUGACUGGGCACACACAAGCAUUGCAUUGAAUGCUGGGAAUGGGAUUCCAGGCUGAAACUGAGCUCUGAACACUGAAGGGAAUGAGGGUGCCUAAGCUUUGUGGACCGCAGGGUAGUGAGCCUUUGGAAAUGAGUUCUCCAGUGAAGCACAAUAAACUUUAAUCUAGAAAAAGUGUGGAGAGAAUUGCUUUGAUGUUGCGGAAUGUUGUGUGCAUCUCAGCGGCCAUAGACUGAUCAAAAGCACAUCCUUUAUUUUCAUAGUUCUUCCUGGCAAAAGCUGGCACUCUGUGCUGAGGGGACCUGAACCUUGGGCCCAUCCUCACCUUUUUCUGCAGUCCCUACAAAACUAUUUUCCAGAUGAAAUAUUUUUCUUUUGGAUUUGUUGUGCCAGUGCAUAUGUUCGUUUCAGUGAUGGUAUUUUUUUGGAAAAUCUUCUUUCUUUUAAAUAUGUUCCCAGAAUGCUUUUUGCAAGCCCAUUAGGAAUGCUUUUAUGUAUUCAGAAUAUAUGAAAUUGGAUGCAUGGAUAGGGAAAGGAAUGGAUGGAUACAAGAUUAUUGUUGAAAAUCCUGGUUUGGGAGGAAUAGUCUCCUUGUACAUUAUCUUCAGUUGUAAAAAAUUGCUUUUUUUUAAUGAGUGUUUUGAGCCAAUAGAUUUAUGGCUCUCAGAAUGAGUCCACCUGAUCCCUGUACUUGGCCAUUUCAUAAGGAAUUUCUUUUGUAUUUUAUUGGGACUUCCAGGAAUUCCUGUUUCUUUGUGUUGUUGCUCCAUUUCUUGCAGUGCUGACUAUUUUCCCCAGAUCUUGUUUUGAACUCUAAAAACCUUCACUCCAGAUUUCUUCCCUUCCCGUUAGGAAUAAAUGUGACUAUUAUUGCUAGCUUAGAGGGAAACGUGUAUACCUUGAUCCACAUCUUUUGUCAUCUGAUUCUUUUUCGAUAGACUACAGCCAGGGCUGAAAUACCUCACUUGUCUUAUUCUCUGGAUCCUGUAGCGUUUCCCCCAUUAAACCAGAUGGUGAUGUAGUAUCUCAACAAACCCCUGUAUUAUUGUAUUAUACAUAUUAUUGGAUAGAAAAGUAGCAGCUUGCAAUCUGGCUGUCAGUUUAAGUAGGAAGAGAGUUGUGGCUUUCCAUGCCAAAAUAUCUCAAAUUGCAUUGCAAUAAACUAAAAUAAAUUGGCAAAUUCUCUUCACGGAAGCUGAUAGAUGGCGUUUUCUUGGCCAGAUUUAGGAUUUCUAAUUAAAAGUGAACUUUCCAAAUGAGGCUUUCCAGGAGUUUUGAACUUAAUUGUCCUUGCAUCCAUGACGCCUUGCUUUCAAACCGUGGGUCAG